AUGGUUCAGAUAAAAAAAACAAUCGGUGACAAAAAUGUUCUGAUAUUUGAUUUGGGUGGUGGUACAUUUGAUGUAUCGAUACUUAUUAUUGAUAAUGGUAUUUUUGAAGUAAAAUCAACAGCCGGUGAUACACAUUUAGGUGGUGAAGAUUUUGAUAAUCGUUUAGUUACAUAUUUUAUACAAGAAUUCAAAAGAAAAACUGAUAAAGAUGUAUCACAAAAUGCACGCGCUCUUCGACGUUUGAGAACGGCAUGUGAACUAGCUAAACGAACAUUAUCAACAUCAUCUCAAACAACAAUUGAAAUCGAUUCUCUACAUGAAGGUAUUGAUUUUCACACAGCAAUAACACGAGCUCGUUUCGAAGAACUAUGUGCUGAUCUAUUUCGUUCAACACUUGAACCAGUUGAACAAGCUUUACGUGAUGCUAAAAUGGAUAAGUCAAAUAUUCAUGAAAUAGUACUCGUGGGUGGUUCAACACGUAUUCCAAAAGUACAAAAAUUACUUCAAGAUUUCUUUCAUGGGAAAGAAUUAAAUAAAUCUGUUAAUCCUGAUGAAGCUGUCGCUUAUGGUGCAGCUGUACAAGCAGCCAUUUUAAAAGGUGAUAAAUCCCAUGAAGUUAAAGAUGUACUAUUACUCGAUGUUACACCACUUUCAUUAGGAACUGAAACAGCUGGUGGGGUGAUGACAACAUUGAUUAAACGUGGUUCAACUGUUCCAACACGACAAACACAAACAUUUACAACCUAUUCAGAUAAUCAGUCUAGUGUUGAUAUUAAAGUUUUUGAAGGUGAACGCAAGGGGGAAAAAGCGGAUCCCGGAUCCCGGAUCCCAAUGGAUCCCGAUGGAUCCCGAUGGAUCCCGAUGGAUCCCGAUGGAUCCCAAUGGAUCCCGAUGGAUCCCGAUGGAUCCCGAUGGAUCCCAAUGGAUCCCAAUGGAUCCCGAUGGAUCCCAAUGGAUCCCGAUGGAUCCCAAUGGAUCCCGAUGGAUCCCAUUGAAUCCCAUUGGAUCCCAAUAGAUUCUAAUGCAUGUUUCUAUAUAUUUCUGAAACUGUAUUAG